AUGGAUAGUCGCGGGGUUGAGUGUGAGCACAAGAUGGUCACCAAGCCAGGAUUUCCGAUCGUCCGAACGCACUUUGACUCGCAUGAUGAGAACCACCGACUGCAUUUAGUGCCACCGUCGUCUGCAGAUCGAUCGCCACUCAAGUCGUGGCGUAAUAUGCCGAGUCCAAUGGACCACCACCAAAUAUUAAAGUGUUCAUUCGAGUGCAACGAUGGUGAAGAAAAAGCCCAUAAACAAGAACGAUCUACAGCACGUACAAUCAAUCAUGUGACGCUUGGCUUUAUCGCAUACUUCGCAGUAGCCGCGGGACCAUUUGGCAUCGAGGAUGCAGUGCGAGCAGCGGGCGCGUAUCCAGUACUAUUAGCUGUCUUACUACUGCCAUUCACAUGGGGUUUACCGCAAGCUCUUAUGACAGCUGAGCUUAGUUCUAUGAUUGACGAAAAUGGUGGUUACAUUCUGUGGGUGCGUCGUGGACUGGGUGAAUACGCAGGCUGGGUCAAUGCCUUUAACAGCAUUGCCAGUAACGUUUGUGAUUUGCCAACCUAUCCUGUGCUAUUUUGCAGCUAUGUGGAAGCUUUUUUGGCGUCAGGUUAUAGCUAUACGCUGUCUGGCUUAGAGAAAUGGCUGAUCAAAUGCGUGGCGCUACUGCUCGUGUUCAUGUCGAAUGUAGUUGGCAUGCGCGCUGUAGCACUCGCUUCUGUGCUCAUGUCUCUCUUCGUAUUGACUCCAUUUGUUUUAGAGCCAUUAUCGGUAGAUACUUUUAAUCUUGCAACAUGGGGCACUGUAGCACCUCAAAUUGACUGGUCGCUCUUUCUCUCGACGAUUUUGUGGAACUAUCAAGGGUGGGACUCGCUUGGAUGUGUCGCUGGAGAAGUAAAAGAUGGUGGCAGGACAUAUCCAAUUGCUAUUGUCAUUGCAAUGGUUUUGAUCACAAUCAAUUACGCGUUACCAGUUGGUGCCGGAAUUAUGGUUGAAUCAGAUUUUUCACAGUGGCACGAAGGUUCCUUAGAGACAAUUGCGAUCAUGAUCACUCCGUGGCUAGGUGCAUGGGUAGGUGUGGCUGCUAUCGUUGCGACCUUGGGUGAGUUCAAUGUCGUAAUGGCGUGCAGCUCACGAGCUCUGUGGGCAACAGCGGACUACAAAAUGCUACCGUCUUUCCUUGCUAUCGAGUGGAAACGUUUUGGGACACCUGUUGCUGCUAUUAUCUGUCAAACUGUGACCACUGGCGUAUUAAUGAAUUUUUCAUUCGAGUUUCUCGUGGUGCUCGAUACAUUUUUUAACAAUCUCACGUUGCUGCUCGAAUUUUUCGCCUUUCUACGUCUGAAAUACAUUGAAAAAGAUACCGUGCGUCCGUUUGUGGUUCCGUUUGGUAAUACAGGUGCCUGGGCAAUCACGCUGCCUAAAAUUAUCGUGCUCUCGGGUGUUCUGCUUGCUCAAAAGCAUCACGUAUGGGUGACUUGUGGGUUAUUUAAUAUAGCUGUAUCUGGUACUUAUCUGGUCUGGCGCCGCGUUCAAUCAGCUGCCCAAACCACUACGGAAUUGUCUUCUACCGCCUAUGGCACCGGGCAGCUAUCCUAG